AUGGGUCUUUUGGCUCGACCCAAGCUUCUACCCUUUAGCAAGCAGGGCACUGCACCUGUCUGGUCGAGCCGAACUCUUACCACGACUCGUCCACUGAGACAAACCGGCCCACGAUACGCUUCCGAGCCGCAGCCAGAGAAACCGAUCAAUUUCUACAAGACACAUGGUCGAGCUUUUUUCAAAGCCAUCACGCUGGCCUUCCUGACCUACCAAAUCGCUUACUGGGCGUGGUUGACUUUGGAGACUGAAGACAUCAUGGAUCAGAAAAAGCGUGAAAUCAAGUCUUUGGAAAGUGAGGUCAGACUUCUGGACGACAGUCGAAAGAGUCAUAGGCCUGCGACGUGA